AUGGGCAACUGCAAAAGCAUCCCGCCGCCGUCGCCGGUGGCGCCCCCUCCACAGCCGCAAAAGUCGACGUCGCCGCCGCCACGCGCGCCUGGCACGACCUUCAUCGAGCAGCACCUGACGUCGGACUUGACGUUGAGCACGAUCGCGAUUCCGUUCAAGGCGCUUCGACUCGGCGACCGCUUGACAACGAAUAGCCCGCCUUGGGAGUGCGUCCGCCCGGGCACGUACACGGGCACGCCCGUCCUCGUCAAGCAGCUCUUCCGCACGCACAUCACCGAGGAAGCUGUUGAGCGCUUUGCGCGCGUCACGCGGCUCGUCAUCGACAUGCACCACCCCAAUAUCGUCCAGUGCAUUGGUGCUAGCUGGGACUCGGAGUCCUGCAUUUGCAUGGUCACCGAGCAGUUGGCGCGCGGCGACCUCGCGACGCUGCUGCAGUCGCCCGACAUUGCGCUGACGCCCGAAGCCAAUGUCCGCAUGAUGCUCGACAUUGCGCGGGGCAUGACGUACCUCCACGCGCACACGCCGCAGGUUCUCCACCGCGAUCUCAAGUGUGCCAACAUCCACAUCACGCAAGAUUUCAAAGCCAAAAUCGCCAACUUUGAGUUUAGCCGCGAAAAGACGAAUGGCGAAAUGACACUUUUGGGGUCGCCGAUCUGGACCGCACCCGAGAUCCUGCGUGGCCAAAAAGAGUAUGACGAAAAGGUCGACGUGUACAGCUUUGCGAUUGUCAUGGUCGAGAUCAUGACGCGCCAGAUGCCGUACGCUGAGCUUGCGACCGAGAAGAUGAAGAAGAAGCUUCUCGUCAAGAAGAUCGCAUACGAAGGACUCCGCCCGUCGCUCGCAGCGCUCGAAGCUACGUGGCCGCCAGCGCUUCUCCGCCUCACCGAGGCUUGCUGGGCCGAAGAUGCGUCGGCCCGGCCGUCGUUCCCGUCCACGAUCACCACCCUUCAAGAGGUGCUUGCGACGCUCGCGAGUAGCCCAUCGGCCGCGUAA